UUUUUGUGGAGGUGUGGUAGUCGUUGCCAUGACAGCAUAUAGUUGGCAAACUCCCUUGUUGCCAUUGAUUAUAGGAAGUACACAUUCAAACGCUGUUUUUCGCUUGUUUUGGAAUGAAAAGAACUGCAGUGACACCGACCGAUUUGUUGAAUGACGCAUCAUGUUGCUGGUGGUAGUGGAAGGACGGGGAACAUUCUAAAAAGUAGCCCGCACUGUUCGUGUUUGGACCACAUAUUCAGGCAUGUAAUCUUUCCUGACUCAAUACAUUGCCAGGACACCAAUGGAGGAAACGCUUUAGGCUAAGGGCUUUAGGCUAAGGGCUAUGAGUAUGAAACUGCACGCACCCAAUUCUACAAAUAUCCACAGUCUUGUUCAAAACUAAAUACAAUGGGGACAUCUGGAACUGAUGCAGUCGAAUUCUCAGGGGAAGAAGAGGAGGAAUACUAUGAAUUUGAGCAUCUACCUGCACUCCUUGAAGAUGAGGAGAACGUGUCCCUGGCAGAUAUCCUGUCGUUGCGGGACACCUGUCUGAUGGAGCAGGAGGUGUGGGCGGUGUGUGUGGAGUGUGUCCUGGCCUUGCAGAGUAUUGCCCCAUCGGCCCUCUUCCACACCCUGUGCCUCACACCCGACACCCUGGCCUUCAACGCCCAUGGCAAUGUGUGCUUUAUGGAGCAACUCAGUGAUGAUCCUGAGGGAUCGUUUAUACCUCCAGAGUUUGACAAGACUGGCAGUACCUUUGAGGGACACAUGUACUCUCUAGGUUCCACCCUCUCUGCUGCGCUGGACUUUGUCAUUGAGCCAGAACUGGAGGCAGAGCUGGGGGAGGAGAUUCAGAGACUGCUGGAGCAGAUGCAGGAGAAGGGGCCAGAGGACAGGCCACACCCCCAGGACAUCCUAUCCCUUGCAGAGGAAAAGCUAGAACAUACCUCUUCCACAGUCCUGUGCCGGAAACUCUCUUCUAUAGGAAGAAGAGUCCUGUCAAUCGAAUCCGUUGCAACAUUUCAAGAUGGGUGGGAUGGCUCUUGGGAGGCUCGAUGGCAGCAGCCCCAACCCAACUGGCAGCUCCACAAGAGCAUCAGCUCUGAGGACAGUAGCUUCAAAGACCAGUGCAUUGUCUCAGACACCACAGCUGAGAAUCGAGACCCAAACGAUCCCAAUAGAACUCUCCGACAUGACGUAUGUGGGUCCUGGGACUCCACCCUGUGGGCUGAUGGUAUGGGGGAUGUGGAAGAGGAUGGAUGUGUCAUAGAGGAGGACAUGUUUGGUUCGCAGUUGGAUAGCAGAUCUCAGAACAGUUCCCCUGUACGAAGGAGGGCUCAGGAGAGGGCUGGGAGGGUGAGGGGGGUUCUGAAUCGUUCCUGCUCUGUCCCAGACUCCAAUAAUCCCCCCACACACCCGCCAACGCCCCACGAGGAUAUCAGUGUCAAUGUAUCGGACCUCACGGAGAUAGGAGCUGAGGAAUGCAUGGGGCACGGGUCUGUUUGGAGCAAGAGAGGGGAUAGAGAGACAGUCCCUUAUGAGUACAGUGACUCCAAGCAAUGGGGCUCAGUGAGAGACAAUGAGAUGUCAGAAGGGGACAGACAUUCUCACAUCCCCAUAUGUGGUGAUAAAACAGAUUCAGACGGUCAAAGUGGAACACGUGAUGAUCCCACUUUGGCCCGCCCUGCUCAAGACCCAGAAGUGUCGGUUGACUCUGCCUGCAACAUGACUUUAAACUCAAACCUUUACACUCCAAAUAAUCACAUGACUAAAAGCAUGCUGUGCCUCAAUGAAGAAUCACAAGAUGAGUGGAUCUCUCUGAGGGAUCUACUCACACGGAGUGGGCAGAGAUGGUCUGUUAAUGAGCUAUGGGCCCUGUGUCAUACCUGCCUCUCCACACUGCAGACGUACAUAGACUACCCAGCAUACUUAUGCUUGGACACAGUGUACGUGGGUUGUGAGGGAGAAGUUCUCUUCUUGAAACCUAAAAACACAGGAUCCUGUGAUGCAUUUUAUCUGGCGCCUGAAUUCCAGGAGCAUGGAAUUGUAACUGAAAAGGCCUGUGUCUAUGGGGUGGCUGCCAUCCUAUGGGCCACUGCCAAGUUCAAUCUGUCAGCCAACCAAAAAGUGGCUAUGCCCAGGAAGUUGAAGAGGCUGCUGCUGGAGAUGGCCAAGAAGACGCCCUUCGAGAGACCUUCCAUUGUCAUAGCUAAAAAGAGCUGUUGUGAUUAUCUAUCAUGCCAAGGAAAGAACGCUGAGACAGUGUGGAUGAAGCUGAUCAACAGAGUCCACCCGCCACUCACAAAGGACAUUGAUGCAGAGGAUCAGAAUGGAUUGGACAGUAGAGGAAGCUCAAGUCAGGAAUCAACACAUAUCAUGAGUGGGUUUGUGCCCAUGGCUACUGAGAGCCGAUUGGCUCCUGUACCUGGCCCUGUUCCCCAUAGCUAUCCAAUCAGUGGAGCCCCCCAGCUUCCAGAGGCCUUCACCUCCCCUGCCACACACUUCACCCCCAUCGUCCUGACCAGGGAGGGGGACACUGAGGAAGAAACUCCCCUGUCUGUUUCAGACAUUGAGGGGACUAGAGGCAGUGAAAUCCAGCCUGUGCAAGAGGCCAAGCACCCAGAAACACCCUUACACCUUGAAGACCUACCCCUACCUCAGUCAGAUAGAGACCUACAGGACACUGGACAGGACAGCCCUGUAAAUCAAAAGAAUGUGGUCACACUUCACUCCUCCUCCACUGCCUCCAGCAGCAGGACAUUGGUCAACUCUCCACCUCCCGCCUCCCCCGAACUGAGCACCCAAUUGUCUUUGUCUUCCUCUUGCCAAUUGUCAUCCUGCUCUCAUCUGACUGGUGGUGGUGUUUUCAACAACUUCCUCUUGCGCCAUGACCCACUAACAGGGGACCUAACCCUGGUGCCGGUGCAGAUAACAGUCGCUGAGUCCCUCCAUGGACUGGAGCUCAAUCUGCCCCUGACCUCAAGCUCCAGCUUCUUCCAGGGUCAACCUACACAUCCUGGUGUCCCUAGAGACCACCUGACCCCUGGUCAGGGAGCUGAACCCCUGCAGUCUUGCCUUAAUGGAAGCACUUGCAGCAAACCCUUGGACUCCUUAGUGUCAAUGUCCCAGCCCCAUAAUGGAGAGGAAGGUCCAAGGACAGGAGAACGUGAGGAUGAAGCCCUAUCAGAGUCCCAUGGACCUCCUCAGGGAGACUCCCAUCUGAUGCACCCUUCCCUACAGGAAGUUAUUGGCCUGCUCAGGGCAGAGUUUGCCAUUGAUGGCUAUCUGGAGAAUGGUUUGGAGGAUCUAGCAAUGGGGGAGUAUAUCCUGUCUCUGAAGGACCUACAGUACCAGACGUUCUGCAAUGUUGUGAAAGAGAAGUUCUGUGACCUUUCAUGGGAUGAGGACUUAUUGGGAGUGCUCCACUGUGUGGUCAACUACAGCCAAUUCUCUCUAGGCUCUAAUGAAGAGUCACCAUCAAAGCCUUGGCAAAGGGCAUCCAUCUCACCUCUGAGUGCUGCUGGCUGGAGAGGGGAGGAGAGGGACGCACCCCGGCAUGGUCAUGCCGACCUGAAUGGCAACCUGCACCACAGUGGACCUGUAGCUUCAGAUGCAUGGGAGAAAUGUCAGAGAGACCAGAGACCCCUGUCUACAUACAGAGUAACAAAGACUAGACCUGAACAUAGAGAUGCCGUAUCAGAGGAAGUUCAACAUAAUGGCUGCCCAGGAUUGAGAGCUGCCGAGUGUUUGGGUAAGGGGGCCAUGGAGAGUGCCGAGCAUCCAGUGGGGGUCAGUGAUGAAAGCCCCCCUGAAGCUGACUCUCUGUGUGGGAUGGACGAGCCACUGAGGGUGGGCCACCUAGGCCAGAUGAGCUGCUCCAAGGACAUGGAGGACACAGAAUCGCUGGUGUUUGAGCGUCUCCUCUCCCCCUGCUCCAGAGCAGAGGAGUCUAGCCACCGCCUCAGCCCAGCCUGGGGCCUGGCCUUCUAUGGAGAAGACUGUUUUAGUCAUGAUGUGGUAGAAUAUGCUAUAACCCUGGGACAGCACAGUGAGUCACCGUGCCUGGAGCUGAAAACACAGGAGCUUCAACAGCAGCGCAUGAUCGAGAUGAAGAAUCUGAAAAAGACCCGGAAUUUCUACCAAAAGCUGCUCCACCAAGAGAGAAAAAAUAAAGGUUCGGAGGCGAGAUUGAUGCUGUCCAAACUCAAGGUCCAGUUUGAGGAGUUGAGGUCCAAAGUGGAGUUCCUAGACUGUGUAAAGAAAUAUCUUGAGGUUCUGAGUGUGGAUCAGUGGGGUAUGGAUAUGUCCCUCCUCCCCUCCCUGGCAGCAUCUGGUCCAGGGAGCCCUCUGGAUCUCCAGCCCUCAGAGGAGCCUGCCGUGCUGGGAUUGGUAUCUUUGUCUGGGGCAGAGAGAGGGAAGAGCAGCCUGCAGGCCGCCACACCCCUGGGUCUCAUGUCCUACCUCUAUGCCAGAAAUGCUCCAUUGGAGGGCUACAUCCAACAGUUCCUGUACACAUACCGCUAUUUCUGCACCCCUCAAGAACUUCUUCAGUUCCUGAUGGAAAGAUUCACCAGUGCUGUAGCAGCAGGAGGUGGUCCAAAUGUGUCAGGGGACCGUGCUAAGGUGUACCACCGGAGUCUGGAUGUGCUGCAAACCUGGCUGACUGACUGCAGACUGGUGGACUUCAGCCCCAAGUCCAUCCUGCUGAUCACACUGGAAAACUUCCUCACCAAUGAAGUGUCUCCAGUAGACAGCAGAGGAGAGAGGCUUCUGACCACUCUUCAGAGCUCUCCCAGGAGGAGGUGGAGCCAAAGCUGUGGGAGCCCAAUCAGCAUGCAGGAAGAAGAUGAUGCAUUGUCUUCUCAUACCAUAUGCAGAAAAUCUGUUGUUGAGGACUCUGGAAAGAAGAGUUUCCAGUGGAAAAUAUCCAGGGUGGUGGAGCCCCAGGCAACCCAGACCAAAGACCAGGCCUACUCAUUAGCAGCAGCCCUGCCGCGGCCCUGCUACACCUCCCUUAUGGAUGACAUCUCCAGUGCCUGCCUCAGAAGCGAGGAAAGACACCCUUUUAGUCAGAGUGAACACAGCGCCCAACACACGGCACAGCAACUCACUCUACUGCAGCAGGAAAUGUUUCAAGGCUGUCACCCCAAUAAUUUCCUCAACUCUAGAGCUCAAGGAGUCGGGGACAAAGCAUUAAGUGUCACCAAACAUGUGUCACACUCUAUAACUCCAGUAGAGGGCAGCAGUUUAUUUGUUAAUGAGGAGAUGCCACAGGAUAGCUACCUCCAACAGCUACUGAGAUAUGCUGACAGUGUCUCCAACUGGGUUUCUGCUGAAAUUGUCAUCUGUGAUUCGAUAAAGAUACAAGCGGCUUUGCUCACUAAGUUUCUGUUAAUUGCCAAACACUGCUAUGAAUCGAGAGACUUCGCCACAGCCAUGCAGGUCCUUGGAGGUCUGGAGAAUGUUUUUGUCAGGCAAUUACCCGCUUGGAAACAUCUGUCUACCAAGGUGUGUGAGGUCCUAGAGGAGCUGCGAGCCGUGCAGGUCUUUCUGAAGAGUGAUAACCUGUGUCUGAUGGGAGGAGAUCAUGUGAGGAGGAGACCCACCCUCCCUGCUGCCCACAUCCUGGCCAUGCACAUCCAGCAGCUGGAGAUAGGAGCCUUCACUCUGACCAGCGGUGCCUAUAAGUGGCCAAAACUUAGGACCAUAGCGAAGGUGGUGAGUCAGGUGCAUGCGUUCCAGGAGACAGUGUACUCCUUCACUCCUGACUUGGAGCUGCAGGCCUACCUAAGACUACGCAUCGCCCACCUCAGCGGCUGUGACAUCCCCCUGCUGGCUGCAGACAACGAGGCAAACUUCUACCACACCCCCACUGAGCGACACACCCGCAGGAUCCAGGACACACUAAAGAGGGUGAAGGCCACCUUCCAAUGAGCUACAGCCUUGCCUGAUCUAGGAUCAGAUUUGCCUUUUAGAUCAUAAUGAAUACGAUGAUAUGGACAAAGGGGACCUGGUCCUAGAUUAGUACUCAUAAUGCUUUAUGAAAUUGGGCCCUGGUCAGACAACUAGUCAACAGACCUCAAACCCCCCCAUAACCCACUGACUUACUUUGGUAGCAGAGACUGGGUGGGUGUCUCUAUUUAUUGGUAAUAACUUUGAUUAGACAUCAUGAGGACGGUCUUAUUUGAACACAAUGACAGAGCCACAUGAAGGCAUCCAAGGUGGUUCAUUUUGACUUCACUCUGAUUUUAUACAGUGAGCAGUCCAGCAGUCCCCACAUUGCACCCCAUAGCCUGACAACGCACUUCACACCUCUAACUCCUUGAUUAUCUCCAAAGUAGAGUACAAAGUCAUCUGAAAAAUAUAAUUGUUUUUUUUGUUAUUAGAGUGAGAAGAGGAGAAAACAGUAAUGGACUUUUUAAGGGGAAGAACAGAUAUGCUUUUUUACUUGUGAAAAAAUGUCAACAACAGACUGAAUGAUUUUGAAUAUUUCACAUCUUUAUCUACCACUGGUGGAGGCAUAUGGAUCACAUUUCUCUCAUGUACACCAUUUUGAUUGCUAGUCUCUAAGACAACAUAAUAAUGAUAAUGUUUCAUAAUGAGAUGACAUGUCUUUAAUUCACUGAGUGUCGUGUAUUAUAGCUCAAUUAGAUUUGAAAAGUGAGAUAUUUUGAUAUAACCACAGAUAGGUGAUUACCAUUUUCAACUCUCCGGAGCACCAUCUAAAUGGUCUAAAUGACCAUUUAUUGGCAUUGCCAAUAGCUACUUGACAUGAUAAUUACAGUAUUGCAAGAUAUUAAAAAUGGAUCAAACUCAUGAUGUAAUAUGCUAUUACGGCUAAAUCAGGGAUGGGCAAACUGGCAGGUCGCGUGCCGCACCCCUUUUGUAGUUUAGGGAUCAAUUUCUAAGUAUAUAUACAGUACCAGUCAAACAUUUGGACACACCAACUCAUUCAAGGGUUUUUCUUUAUUUUUACUAUUAUCUACAUUGUAGAAUAACAGUGAAGACAUCAAAACUAUGAAAUAACACAUAGAAUCAAGCAGUAACCAAAAAGGUGUUAAACAAAUCAAAAUAUAUUUUAGAUUUUAGAUUCUUCAAAGAAGCCACCCUUUGCCUUGAUGACAGCUUUACCUGGAACUCUUUUCCAACAGUCUUGAAGGAGUUCCCACAUAUGCUGAGCUCUUGUUGACUGCUUUUCCUUCACUCUGCAGUCCAACUCAACCCAAACCAUCUCAAUUGGGUUGAGGUUGGGUGAUUGUGGAGGCCAGGUUAUCUGACGCAGCACUCCAUCACUCUCCUUCUUGGUCAAAUAGCACUUACACAGCCUGGAGGUGUGUUUUAGGUCAUUGUCCUGUUGAAAAACAAAAGAAAGUCCCACUAAGCACAUACCAGAUUGGAUGGCAUAUCGCUGCAGAAUGCUGUGGUAGCCAUGCUGGUUAAGUGUGCCUUGAAUUCUAAAUAAAUCUCUAACAGUGUCACCAUCACACCUCCUCUUCCAUGCUUCACGGUAGGAACCACACAUGCAGAGAUCGUCCGUUCACCUACUCUGCAUCCCACAAAGACACAGAGGUUGGAACCAAAAAUAUAACAUUUGGACUCAUCUGACCAAACAACAGAUUUCCACCGGUCUAAUGUCCAUUGCUCGUGUUUCUUGGCCCAAGCAAGUCUCUUCUUCUUAUUGGUGUCCUUUAGUAUUGGUGUCUUUGCAGAAAUUCAACCAUGAAGGCCUGAUUCACACAGUCUCCUCUGAACAGUUGAUGUUGAGAUGUGUCUGUUACUUGAACUCUGUGAAGCAUUUAUUUGGGCUGCAAUUUCUGUGACUGGUAACUCAUCGUCUGCAGCAGAGGUAACUCUGGGUCUUCCUUUCCUGUGGCAGUCCUCAUGAGAGCUAGUUUCCUCAUAGUGUUUGAUGGUUUUUGUGACUGCACUUGAAUAAACUUUAAAAGUUGUUGAAAUUUUCCUGAUUGACUGACCUUCAUGUCUUUAAGUAAUGACGGACUGCCGUUUCUCUUUGCUUAUUUGAGCUGUUCUUUCCAUAAUAUGGACUUGGUAUUUUACCAAAUAGGGCUAUCUUCUAUACACCUCCCGUACCUUGUCACAACACAAGAGAUUGGUUCAAACGCAUUAAGAAGGAAAGAAAUUCCACAAAUUGCCUUUUAACAGCGGAGUCAAUCACCACCUUCCGGAGACACCUGAAACCCCACCUCUUUAAGGAAUACCUAGGAUAGGAUAAAGUAAUCCUUCUCACCCCCCCCUCCCCC